AAAAAGAAAACAAAGAUGAAGGCUCUUAUUAGCAGCGAUGGAGUAGGCGAGAUAACAUUAGGGAUGUCGAGCUGAGAAGUUACCUGCUUUAACACUAUCUCUGUGUUUUUUUUGUUUUGUUUUUUUUUUAGAAAUAAAAAGCCUUUUUUUUUCGUUGAAUCUCAGGAGAACUGCAGAUGGAUGUCUGUGCCUUAGUUAGGUGUCCCCGAAUUGUUGUUGUUAGCCGCUAACGCUAACUGUAGAAGUUCCGAGCUAGCUGGCCUAGCAAGUAAGAGAACGAUAACAAGUGACUUAUGUUUGAUUUGGUUAGCCCAGUAGACCCCGGUGAGUAAACUGUGUUUCGUCCAGCUAAUGGAGACAACAAACCUCAAUGGGAGUAGUUCGGGAACUGCGGCUUUAGCUGAGCUUUCGAAGUACCUAUAUAUGUAGGUUAGUUUAGCUUCCCAGAUAGCCGUUACUAUCCCUCGGAAGAAUGAGUGGAAAAGACCGUCACCUAAAGGAAGCCGAAGUCAGCUGCUGGGUUAAAUACUUCUUAUUUGGAUUUAACAUUAUAUUCUGGAUGCUAGGAGCAGCAUUCUUGGGUAUAGGCCUGUGGGCAUGGUCGGAGAAGGGCAUGCUGUCAAAUCUGUCGAUGAUCACCGACCUCGGGGGCUUUGACCCCGUGUGGUUCUUCAUGGUGGUGGGAGGGAUCAUGUUCAUCCUGGGCUUCGCCGGCUGCAUCGGAGCGCUCCGAGAGAACACCUUCCUGCUUAAAUUCUUUUCCGUGUUCCUCGGCUUGAUCUUCUUCCUGGAGCUGACUACGGGGAUCCUCGCCUUUGUCUUCAAGGACUGGAUCAAAGACCAGUUAAACWUUUUCAUCAAUAAGAACAUCAAGGCUUAUCGCGAUGACAUCGACUUGCAGAAUCUCAUUGACUUUACCCAGAAAUAUUGGAGGUGCUGCGGAGCUCAUGGGCCUGACGACUGGAACCAGAACAUCUACUUCAACUGCACUGACAGGAAUCCCAGCAGAGAACGCUGUGGAGUCCCUUUCUCCUGUUGUAUCAAAAAUCCUAAAGAGGACCUCAUCAAUACACAGUGUGGUUACGACAUUCGGCUCGAAGGGGACCUGGAUCGGCAGAAAUUCAUCUACACCAAGGGCUGUGUGGCACAGUUUGAGAAGUGGCUUCAGGACAACCUGAUUGUUGUCGCUGGGUUCUUUGUUGGCACUGCACUUUUACAGGUAAUGUCUCCCUGUUUCCCCUUAAACAUUCAUUGUAGGUGGCCCCUGUUUUUUUUUUUUUCUACGUUUUGUUUAGACUCAAGCUAAAUGCAUUGUGAUUUUGUGUCAUUACUGCCGCUUAGUGGCGAGAGUCUGUUAMAUCAGGCCUCUGCGGUACAAGCAGCCAUGACCCAAAUCCCAGAGUUGGGAAGUUGUUUCCAGCAGCACCUCAGUACAUUAGAAUAUCAUUAUAAAGCCAAUUUGUUUCGUUGUGCAAUUCACAAAGUAAAACUUGUACAUUGUAUGCGUUCAUUACACACAGCGUGGUACAUUUCGAUAUUUUUUUUCCUAUUAAUUUAGAUAAUCAUCACUUGGAGAUAAUGGAAACCAAAAAUCCAAUUUUGCCAAAAAUAUAAUACUAAUAGAAAAUUCUGGAUCUUUAAUCCAGGCGUGUCGUGCUACGAUUUAAUGUAUWAUAUAUGUACUUAAAUAUUUGUAGCCCCAUUCGCAYGAACUACUGCAGCGUUGCAUGGAGGAAAUCAACCUGAGUUUCUGCUGAGGUGUAAUAGAAACAUUCAACUUGUCUGCAGUGUCGAUUUUAGUGUCUCUGAUUUUUCUCUGGACAAUACCCCGUAGAGUCUCAAUGGGAUUUUGGUCAGGCUAAGUUAGCUCUCAUCAGCAAAGUGAUACCAUUGUCGAUUAAAAGAAGGAGCCAGAUUUCAGCUGAAAAUGUCUCAAAUGUCCUAGUAGAUGGCUACACGGUCUUCGGACUACUUGGAUUUUGUGCUCCUUCACUCCUCUUCCAGACUAUCUGGCAAUAAUGUACAAGUGGAAUAUAAAAGUUACGCAAAMGUAAAAAAAAGAWUGUAGUGUUACUGAGCAAAGGUCCUGUGCUUUUUCCUCCUUCGCCCAGGUCAGAUUGUUCUGACAUCGUCUUUGGUUCAGGAAUGAUUUAACACAAGGAAUGCAACACUUUUAUUCCUUUCUUCUUMACGUUCUUUAAAAAAUAAAAAUAACUGGAUACAGUAUUCUGUGAACAGUCAGCUUCUUCAGGAAUGACCCUUUGUGGCUGACCCUGCUCAU